AUGGCAGGCGUCAAGUCUACCAAUGUGCUUGACGAUCUGAGAGACACGAUGAACGAGAAGCUCGAAAGUAUAGUGCGCACCCGCUCGCAAGGACUGCAGAGUGUUGCGAAGAAGCUCACUCAUCAGCUCGAGAACUUGCAAUCGCACAGCGCGACGAAUGCUUCGUUAUGGCACACUGCAAGCCAAGCGUCUGAUCUGAGCGAUGGGGCCAAAACAUUUAAAGCAACUGUCCUUGAUACAUACCACGGACGCGAUGAGCCCGUCACAAGUGUCACGUCUGCAUUUGAUAAGUGGAUGGAGUCUGGGCUAGAGGUCAAGGGUAUUGUCAAAAGCAUGAAAGAGGCACGUUGGGACGACACAUUCGCAGAUGAUGUCGACGAUGACUCUGAUGACGAGCUAGGCGAGUCAAAGCAGACGCUCCUCAGCGAUGAUGAUCCGAAAGUACUAGAAGAAGUAACGCAGGGAGCUAUGAGCGAUGCGCUACAGAACCUCGGUCAGAGCUUCUCCAAGAUUGUGGGGGCAGCCAACACGGACAAUGGGGAUUUCAUUCGAAAGGCUAGCUUUAUGCUCCGUGUGGUCAGAGAGAUAGACGAUCGCAUACCCAGACUUCGUCUACAGGAACGAUCGACGGCACUCGCAUCGCCUUUUACAACCCAGAUAGUGCAGCCGUUGUACAUGGCGCUCGCCAUGUAUGUUGUUCACCCGAGCAUACAGUCGUAUGAGAAGUCACUAGCUGCGUCGGUAAAGAUCAAGACGAACAGCCAUAUAUUAUGGGAAGGUCAGCCGCCGUUGCCGAGUCAGCCGUCGCCAACCACCUUUAGGUUUCUGAGGGAACUGAAUAAGAGCAUGGCAGCCUUGGGAAACGAUGUCUGGGCUCCUGGUUGCGUCCUGGUGCUCAAAGAACAAGUGUGCAAGGAAGUGAAGAAGGUGUUUGUGCAGCAUGUUGACACUGUCAUGAAGCUCAGCUCAACCGAGGAGGUUCAGACAGAAACUAAUGAGACGGAGGAAUCAAAGGAUGGGCCAGACGUGGGCAAGACUGAGUCCAAGGAACCUGAGGUUACAUUGCCUUGUUCUUCAUUGUCAUCAUCAGAAAAGGAGGCGAAGGAGGGGAGGCUCAAGCAGCUGCUGUUUGACGCACUGUAUCUUCAACGCUUCACCACAACAAGCGAAGACGGGGAGGAUGUUGCCAAACUGUUGAGCGCGGCAGUAGACGUGGCCACAUUGGAUGAGACAGCGCUGACCAGACUUGGGAAAUAUGCAGCAGACUAUGCGAAGAAGACAUAUCUGCUGUUUGCCUUGCUAGCCUAG